AUGCCUACCCUGGAUCCUUCCACAGGAUUCACUUGUGUUACUUGUCAUCUCGUUUUCAAAUCACCCGAUCUACAACGGGAUCAUUAUAGAACCGAGUGGCAUAGGUACAACUUGCAGAGACAGGCUGCCGAAUUACCUCCAGUUUCCGAUGAACAGUUCCGCGAGAAGGUUAUCGCUUAUCGAAAUGAAAAAGAGGCUAAGAAGAAGGAAGAAGAAGACAUCUCAACCUUAUAUUGUUCAACCUGCCGCAAGAAGCUUAAGUCACGAAAUGCAAUGGCAGAUCACGUUGCCAGCAAGAAGCACAAAGAAAUGGAAGCAAAAGAACCGAAAGGGCCUCGUCAACCGAGAAAAAAAGUACCAGAGCAGCCCACUCCAUCACCAGCAAAGGAAGAGAACGACACGGCUAUGGAGAUAGAGGACGAGGAGGAUGAUGACAGCAGCUCCGGAUGGGUGACGGAUCAUGGUUCUGAGGAUGAAGAUGAUCUUGAUUUUGAUGAGAGUCAGGCGCUCCCACUUACUUCAUGCUUGUUUUGCCCGCAGACAAAGCCAACGAAGGAAGAAUCACUUGAGCACAUGCGAUUCCAUCACGGUUUCGUCUUGCCAGAUAAAAAGUAUCUUGUUGAUGAAGACGGACUGUUGAAGUACUUAGGUCUUAAGGUAGGAGCGGGGAGGUGUUGUCUCUUCUGCCCUGAUAUCAAAAGUCGCUUUGCAACAGUUACUGCAUGUCAGACACAUAUGCGAGAUAAACAACAUUGCAAGGUAAAUCGCGAUCCCGAGGGAAUGCUGGAGUUUGCCGAGUACUAUGAUUUCAGUCCCAUGUAUGAAAACGACAGUGACGCUGCCUCUUCGGAUGCGUUCUAUGAUGAUGGUUGGACUCUGACACUACCUUCAGGAGCGAAAAUAGGUCAUCGUUCGUUAAUGUUAUAUUAUCGACAAUAUCUUCGUCCUACGGAUGGAAGUAGACCAGAUGUUGGAAAGGCUGCAAUAGAUAAAGCUCGUGGUUUGUAUCCGGCUCUGGCAUGGACAGGCACUACAGGAGUUCUGGCAAAACAAACUGCUAAAGACAUCAAGUUCGUCCAACGUUACCGAAGACGCUUCGAUCUACGCGUUGGCUUGAAAUCUAACAAGUUGUUCAAGUCACAAGGCCGAAUGGGUGACAACUAA